AUGGUAGCGUGGAGCCAUAGCGAAAAGGGGCACACAAGGAAAGUCACUGGGAAAGGAGGAAAGGGCAGGAGUACAAAGCCCCGGAAGAAGGGCGUCAGGAGCGCUGAGGCGCUGGAACGGCGCAAGGGCCGCAAAGUGUGGGCUGCUGACAAAGGGCUACCAGGUUCGCGUAGGCUGGACCAGACACCAGCUGAACCUGAGGGUCCGCCGCCGUGGAAGCGGCAGUGCGUGCCAGGCACACCGCCUGAAGCCUUCGACGUGAACUACGUGAAACCCCCUCAAACACCCCCGGAGGGUAGAACUAUAGAGGGGACCUCUCCGGGAACACCGGAAGAAGCGUUCAAGGAUCAGGGGUUGGAGCAGCCGAAGACGCCAAGCAUUGUCCUUACGCCUGAGGAGGAACCUUCAAGUGAUAGCUCCUUGCUGUCGGUGGUGCCAAGGGACAGGGCCGAGCCGAAAGCGAGGUCAAGAAGCCGGUCUAGGUCGAGCUGCAGCUCGGCUCCCCGUGAAGGGGAAGAGUCGGUGCCAUCCGCACCAUCGGUGCCUGUGAGAAGAGAGGCUAGGGUAGCAGCUAUCUUGGCAGCAGGUGCGGCGGAGGCUCGCGCGAAGGCAAAGGCCAGAGCGGCAGGUACAGCUAUCUAUCGCCGCCGCAACCGUGGGUUGGUGAUUGUUCCUGAGCCUGCAGUGCAACCAGAGGCGGCAGUACCUACCAUCGCCGCGCUUGAGGCAGCGCCCAAAGCAGAGCCCAAGUCGAAAGGUAAGCAAAAGGGAAAAGGCCGAGGCUUGGGUGUUUGGACCGCUGCAGAGGAGGACCGGCGGGUGCGAGAAGGGUGGACACACAAGGCGUCCUUGGACACGCGACUCCAGCACCUGGCGUUGAGGCAGUACUGGGCUGGAAUAGACGCCGGUAAGCCUGAGACCCGGAAGGGAGGAGCACCCUUGACCCCAACAACGAACUACCAGAUUCGAAGGUUGGCGUUUGGCUGGAUCACCAAGGUAACCGCGGGAUCUGUUGGGUUGUCCUUGCAAAGGGCGCUUGCAGGCCGAGCCGCGAGCGGCACGGCAGGCGGAGCCUGCAGCAGCUGCGACGAGCGGGAGUUGCGUGCGAGAAGAGCAGCCGUAGCAUUCACAACCAGGGUCGAGGCUAAGGCCAAACCCAACUUUGUGUAUAGAAGGCCCUCAGGACAGUUGAGGAGCAGCUCUGAGGAGGAAGGCUCCGAGGAGUGCGAGGGAGAGGCCGAGUGA